AUGUCGAAAGAAAAAUACUCUCACUUUGAAAGAUUCCGGGUCAGGAAGAGCGUUGUUGGUGAGAGCGUGACGAAGCAAGAGAUAGCUAAGUUUUGGAGGCAAAAACUCAUUGAGGAAGAGGAUCACUUGCUUGAUGCUAUCAAGGCUGCAGCACGUCUCAGGGCUCGCAAUCUCUCUGAGGAUGAUAAUAAGCUAUUUGAGGAAUCUCUAAAGGAUGAUGACGAGACUGACGAGAACAACACCACAACUCCCAUCAAUAGCACAAAAUAUGGGAAGUGCGAUGAAAUGCAUUUGGGAAUAAAGGACCGGUAA